CUCUCCAGGAUCAGGGUUGGCCACCCUUGGUCUCACAGCCUAAAACCCAAUGCUGUACAAUUUUAAGGUUGCGACUUUUCAUGUGUCAUUGGGAUGAGGUCAAGAAGAUGUCAUCACCCUAAACCCCACACUAAAGCCAACUGACCAAACAGAAAGUAGGAGCACUCAAUCUUGGACAUAAAGGACAAAAUCACAUUAUAUUCCACCUACUACAGUAUGUUUCAUUAGUAAAGCCUUCAUCAGAGCAUGUUCAGCUCAGUCAUUAGGCCAUACCUUAAAGAGUCCAUUGGCAGUUACUACAUAUGUACCCAUUGAUUCUUGAAGAAUAUAACCUGGAAAUACCUCACGAGCUUAGUUCAACUGUCAUAACUGUCAGUCUGAUCUUCUGAACGGCCAUCCUGGGAAAGACCCAUGUCACAUUUUUCCGUCCGGAAUGCUGAUGAAAGUGUUUCCUCUUGGUAAACGAUCUGCGCUGAUGCAGCAGAAACUCCCGACAGUCUUUCAUUCAUUCUGUCAUUCACAAAAAAAGGAGAGGAGAAGAGUGAACUCCGCAGAGGUGCCACUUCUGCUUUUCAGGCCUUUAUAUAACCUCAACCCUGGUGAAGACUGACACUACAGAACUGACCCUGAGCUAAGCUGAGCAGCCUGCCAGAGAAGAGAGAGAAUUCAUUCAUCUAUUUUUUCAACUUGUAUUGUACCAGUAAAGAUGGUGACCUGUGGAACUCUGGUGAAGAUCUGGACAGCAGCAAUCGUCAUAGCAACGCUGGUCUGGACAGGGACAGUAGAUGGAGAUAAGUUGUCGUCGUGCUGUAAGACAGUGACCAGGAGCGAGGUGACCGAUCCGAUCACAGGCUACUGGACUCAGCACUAUAACGCUCCCUGUGUACGGGCCGUCAUCUUGGAGACGGAAAAGGGCCUGAUCUGUUGUCACCAUAAACAACCCUGGGUACGCCGCAAGAUUCAACAGUUUGAAAUGGCCCGCAGGAGCUCAUCAUCUCCCUCUCUCUCCUCCUCUCCACCCUCUCUCACCUCCUCCCCUACCUCUACCUUCUUACCCUCCUCUCCUCCCUCCUCUCUUUUCCCUGCUUCCCCCUCUUCUCCCCCCGUAACUUCCUCUCACCCCUCUCUGUCCCGCUCUCCCUCCUAUCUCCUCUCCUCUCUUUUCCCUGCCUCCUCCUCUCCUCCCUCAAUCACUUCCUCUCCUACAUCUCUUUCCUCCUCCCCUCAUUGGGAAUCAACCGAGAAUGCCUUAACUCAGCAGUCAACAGCCAACCAAUAGAAUCAUUGCCAAUGGCUGAAGUUCCACUAAAGUUCCACUUCCUCAUAUCUAAAAAAAUAGAUUUCCAAUUUGCAUAUAUCACUCAGAUUUGAUAUCUUUUUAGUUAUUAUUUAAUUCAGUUGUCAUCAUUAUUUAUGAAAUAUCUUCAAGGCCAGUGUCUCGUGUAUUUAUUAGUUAAUUUCUUCAAGUAGUUAUGAUGACUUUUCAUUAUACAUUACCAAUGAGUUCUUAAUGUUAUUUAACACAUUUAUUUAUUAAGUACUUAUACAUUUAAUUGGUUUCUUUUUGAUCAAUCAAUGUUAUUUUAAGAAAUGUUUGUAAGAGAAAUGUCCUUUUCUACUUAUUUAUUCAACAAUAAUGAGUUGUAAAACAUCAGAAAAUGGAUGAAACUGAAAUAGAAAAUAAAAUGAUGGAA